AUGGUCGGAUGCGACAAGGUGUUCUUGACGGUAUUGGAUCAGCUCACUCAACAAUCAACCAAGGGGAGACAUGUUGUUUCAAUUGUUGGCAUGGGAGGAAUAGGAAAUGGUAGCCAAGACCAGUUAGCUGAACGCAUGCGUAAACAUUUGAAGGGUCAGAGAUAUUUGAUAGUGAUUGAUGAUAUAUGGAACACUACUGCUUGGGAUAGUGUGCAAAGAUGCUUUCCAGAUGAUAAUAAUGGAAGCCGAAUACUGUUGACUUCUCGGCUCAAAGUGAUUGCUGAACAUACAUGCUCAGGUAACACUCUCAUUAACAUGCCUUUCUUAGAGGCCGAUGAAAGUUGGAAUCUCUACUGCAAAGUGUUUGGUAAAACUGGAUUCUUUCAAGUGUUUGAGCAAAUUGGUAGAGACAUAGUGGAGAAAUGUAAAGGAUUACCUCUAGCUAUUACUUUAGUAGCUAGUCUUCUCUCCAAGACAGAGGAGAAGGUGGAAAAGUGGAAGAAUGUUGCAGAAAGUGUAAUUGGUGAUUCUAAUGAAGCAUGUUCAAGAGUUCUAUAUUUGAGUUACAACCAAUUACCACACCACUUAAAAGCCUGUUUUCUAUAUUUUGGAAUUUUUGAAGAAGACUAUGAGAUAUCUGUGAAGAAGUUGGUUAGGUUGUGGGCAGCAGAAGGAUUUUUGAGUGCUGUGAAGCAUGUGAAUAUGGAGAAAGUGGCCAUGGAAUGCUUGCAAAAUCUUGUUGAUAGAAGUCUUGUUAUAGUUAGCAAACAGAGCUAUAAUGGGGAAAUGAAGACAAUAAAGAUACAUGAUUUAUUGCGAGAUUUGUGCUUGAAAGAAGCUGAACGUGAAAAUCUAUUGAAUAUGAAUGUGAUUGGAGAUGAAAAACUUCCAUUUUACAAGAGGAAAUCACAGCACCUGUUUUCAAAACCUUGUCGUUGGAUAAGUGAUACAUUAGAAUGUUUGAAUAAUCAAAUCCGGUCAGGAGAUAAGCGCUUUGACAAAUCUCAUUCCUUACACUCAAGGUUUGAUAAGUGUAGUGGAUAUUACUUUCGUGUACUUGAUAGAACUUCUAAUUUCACACUUGAAACUGCUGAGAGUAGUGGACAUUGA